GGUGUUCCAAACGUUUACACUUACGGUGUUUGGACACAUAUGUACGGCACAACUCUUGUCAGGACCCUCACAGGUGACGUCACGACUCAUGGCAGGACCCUCACACUCACCAGCGUGUCAUACCAGGACAGUGGAACUUACACCUGUCACGUACACAACUCUAUCAGGGGGAGGGAUGGUCAGCUGAUACAGACAGGAUCGGCUGUCUCUGAUUUCAGAGGAAGUCCGAAGUUACUGGAAAAAAAAUCACUCUAUGUUACGGAAAAGGAGAACCAUCUCAACAUAACAAUGACAUUCAUCAGCCAUCCGUCUCCUACUGACAUGUUUAUCAGUAAAACGGGACGACUUUCCUCUACAAGUGUUCUCAAUAUCACCUUCAUAAAGGGAACUGUAAAGGACAACAUAUAUGGCAAAGACAUAUCAAGAGGAGGAUACAGAGUCCAUCUUGAUUUCCCAUCAUUCCAAAUCAACCAAGAGGGAGACUACAGCCUCACUGUUACAAACAAUGUUAGCCCAAACCUUAUACAUAGCUUCGAAAUCGGCAUAGUUGAUGUACCAGACACUCCCACCAAUAUCAGUGCUGACAAGAUAACUACUGAAAGUGCAGUUAUAUCAUGGACACCUGGUCUAAAUCGAGGAAAAGAUAACCAAUCUUUCCACUUGUGGAUUAAAGAAAGCACUGCAGAUGUCUGGAUAAAGUAUUAUACGCCGCAAGAUGUUUCAAGAAUAGUGAUCUCAGACUUACGUACUGCUUCUACCUUUGAGGUGGUGUUGUUUGCAGCAAAUGAAAAAGGAACUAGCAAUAAUAUGACACUGCAGUUUACAACACUAUCAGCUGUCAAAGAUCCAUCUGUAGCACCACUAAUAGGAGGAAUAUCAGGAGGUGUCAUCGGACUGCUUUUAAUCAUCAUAGGAAUUGUCUUCUACAGGAGAAUGAGUAAUGGUACAAACAAGCCUUCUGGAAACAGGUCAGAUGCUACUCCAUUUAACAAUGAUAGAGAUGAUGAUGAUGGAAUAAAAAUGAACAUAUUGUAUGAAUCUGCUGGCCCAUAUCGACAAGAAGACCCGAAUGAAAGCGGACAACCUGAAAAUGCAUAUGCUAUAGUAAACAAGAAAACUCCAGCAGGUGCAGUUAAUGCUGAAGUGGUACCAAAGAAGGACAGGACAGCAGCAAAAGGAAAAGCAGAAGGAAGUGGAGAUGUGUAUGCUGAAGUACAGAAAGCAGAAAAAAAGAAAAAGAAACAAAAGAAACCAUCUAAAGAUAAGCAAGGUGGGAAUGUUUAUGAAAAUGCCAGUGCAGUUGGUGGAAAACCAGAAGAAGUGUAUGCCAAUACAGAUGAUACUGCAUCAAAACUUGAAGAAGUCAAGAAAAAUGGUUCAAAAGAUACCAGAAGAAAGAACAAAGAUGGACUUGUCUAUUUGGACUUGGAAUUCCAGCAGCAGCCAGAUGGAACCAGACAGGCAGUGAUUCGUGGAAUUGAAAACAGAAAUGAUUACUCAGAAGUUGAUUUUGCAAAGUGUGCUGAUCCGAUGUCUGCUGAAGAUGAUGAUGUAAAUGUAGAUGAGAAAAAAGAAGAUAGCAAGAACUGAUUAUAUUUAAUGACAUAGUAGGAAUUUCCUAACUCACUUUAACUUCCGCAACGAAGUUAGGGGGGUAUACUGGAAUCAGCGUGUCUGUCCGUCUGUCUGUCCGUAGAAAAAGUUCGUCCGGACAACUCCUUCUUAUGUAAUGGUCCAAUAACUACCACUUGUUAUUGUCCAUCCAGGUAUUAUUUUUUAC